CCUUUUUCCGGCCUCGCGGCAGCGGCCAAACACGCCGAGCUCUUAACGCGAUUCGGUGCAUUUCCUGCUUGCUUCAUCAGCCCUUGAAGGACGAGCGCGGAAGCGGAGGAGGAAACCGAGCCGUCGGGCCGCCAUGGCGCAGUUUGGUCCUCGGGGUUGGCUCCUCGCCGUGGCCGUGAGCGCGACCCUCCGCUUCUGUCAAGCAGGAUUCCCCACCAUUGGCCUGAGUGAUCAGGAGGGCCCUAUCCUUGAGGGCAACAACUUGACUCUGGAAUGCCUGCUCAGUGACGGGGACGACCUGUCUGAAUUCACCUUCCAGAAAUAUAGCAAGUGGCUCCACUCCUGGAUCUCUUUGGAUAAAACUCAGGAACUGCGUUGCUGGUUUUACGACGUUGCUGUGAGUCGUGACAACGGGCGCCUCCUGCUGACCAUCAGCGACCUCCAGUCUUGGCACGCAGGACGCUAUCGCUGUGCCAGCAUGAAUGCCACCGACAACACCACCAGCUCCAACGAACUGGACCUGAACUUGGAGUAUCUGCACAACGUCUUUGUCAGCCAUUCAGAAAGUUGGUGUGGGACCCUUUGGGAUUCCGUCACGGUCCUCAAAGGCAGCGACCUUCAGCUUCGGUGUUCGGCGGACGCCUCCCAGCCACCGAUUUACGAGUGGAUUCGAGAGGGGGAUGACUGGAUCCUGCCCUCUAGUUCCUUAACUCUCACCAAGAUAACCCAGGAUCAAGCCGGGACCUAUACUUGCCAGGUCCACCAUCCGACUUUGCCGCAGCUGACCAAGAGCACAUCGAUCCAAGUGUACGUGGAGGACAGCAAGCGCAGCUCUGCUCUUGGUUCUGUGCUGUCAUUCCACCCCACAACGCUGGUCCUGACUGUGGUACUGCCAGCUGUGCUGUUGCUGAUGACGAUCUUGAUGUUUGCCUUCCUCAUCCCCCGUCGCAAGGCAGCUGCCAUGAAGAAAAUGGCUCUGGAAAAAUCUGGCCAGCGCACCCCGAUUUACAAAGGCAGCCUUGACUCUGUGCCUUCUGUUGUGGGGGACACCCAGCCAUUGGUGAUGUGAAGCAGAAGCCCAGGAUGAAAUGGAUUUUUUUUUUCACUUUCAAGAUCCAACUUUUUUCUCAUUAUGGAAUGGUGGCAAUAUCCUCGGUGUACAGUAACAGAUUGUUUUUGUGUAUAUUUGGGGCAUUUGUUAUCUUGAUUUUCUAGCAGGACCUGUUUGGAAUAAUUGAGGAGGGAGUGGUGAUGCUGGGGUUCCUGUUAAUCUCUCCCUUCCAGCCAUGUU